GUCCUACGUUUCCCACAAGCUCUUUUUCGCUAAUGUCGGGGAACAUGGCGUGUUGUUGAAGCGUCGAUACAUCGCAAGUGUUUUUGUUUGGGAAGUCAUUCAAGAUGGCAGCCGACUCCUUGGACAAAAAGGAUGCGGAAUCUUCAGGGACCAAAGACAGAGAGAGGAAACGCAGCCGGUCACGAGAUAGAGACCGUAAAAUCUCACCUGCACGCAAACGGCAUCGAUCUCGUGAAAGAAAUCGCUCAAAAUCACCAGAAAGAGAACGUCGCAUGAAAGACAAGGAGAGGGACAAGGAACGCGACAGAGAUAGGAUUCGUAAAGACAGAGAUACCCAUCGACGUGAUAAAGAUCGCAAGAGAUCCAGUCUCUCACCAAAAUCAAAAGAUGCUAAAAUAAAAAGAGAGAAGGAUAUAAAAACAGAAGAGGAUGAAGAUGACAAAUUGAAGAAAGAGAAGGCCCAGCCACUGUCUUUGGAAGAGCUUCUUGCUAAGAAGAAAGCAAAGGAGGAGGCAGAGGCAAAGCCCAAGUUCUUGUCCAAGGCUGAACGAGAAGCCGAAGCUCUGAAAAGGCGGGAACAACAGACAGAGGAGAAACGGAGGAUGUUGGAUGAUGAAAGGAAGAAGAGGAGGAUAUUUCAAGACAUUGGACGAAAAAUGCUGGAAGACCCACAAGAAAGGGAGAGGCGGGAGAGGAGAGAGAGAAUGGAGCGAGAAAACAACGGGAAUGAUGAGGAUGAUGGACGUCAAAAGCUCAGGGAGGAAAAAGAUAAAGUUAAAGAACUCCACGCCAUCAAGGAGCGUUACUUAGGUGGAAUCAAAAAACGUCGCAGAACACGUCACUUGAAUGACAGGAAGUUUGUCUUUGAAUGGGAUGCUUCUGAAGACACUUCAGUCGACUAUAACCCCAUUUACAAAGAAAAGCAUCAGGUCCAGCUUUACGGACGCGGCUUCAUUGCUGGCAUUGACUUAAAACAGCAAAAAAGGGAACAGUCUCGUUUCUAUGGUGACUUGAUGGAGAAAAGACGUACACUGGAAGAGAAAGAGCAGGAAGAGACCAGACUGAAGAAGGUGCGUAAGAAGGAGGCCAAACAGCGCUGGGACGACAGGCACUGGUCUCAGAAGAAGCUGGAUGAGAUGACAGACAGGGACUGGCGAAUCUUCAGGGAGGAUUACAGUAUCACCACCAAGGGAGGAAAGAUCCCAAAUCCAAUCAGGAACUGGAAGGAAUACCCUCUUCCUGCACACAUCAUAGAAGUCAUUGACAAAUGUGGCUACAAGGAUCCUACUCCAAUUCAGAGGCAGGCCAUUCCUAUUGGUUUACAGAACCGUGACAUUAUUGGUGUGGCUGAAACAGGUAGCGGUAAAACGGCAGCUUUCCUGAUUCCCUUGUUAGUCUGGAUCACCACCCUUCCAAAAAUUGACAGGAUUGAGGAUUCUGAUCAGGGACCUUAUGCUGUGAUUCUGGCCCCAACACGUGAGUUGGCCCAGCAGAUUGAAGAGGAGACCAUAAAGUUUGGAAAACCACUUGGUAUUCGUACGGUGGCUGUGAUUGGAGGAAUCUCCAGAGAGGACCAGGGCUUCCGUCUUAGGAUGGGCUGUGAGAUUGUGAUCGCCACCCCUGGUCGUCUCAUCGACGUAUUGGAGAACCGCUACUUGGUCUUGGGCCGCUGUACCUAUGUGGUCCUCGAUGAGGCCGAUCGUAUGAUUGACAUGGGCUUUGAGCCUGAUGUUCAAAAGAUUCUAGAAUAUAUCCCAGUGACCAAUCAGAAACCAGAUUCAGAUGAGGCAGAGGAUCCUGAGAAAAUGACAUUGAACUUUGAAUCGGGAAAGCAUAAAUACAGACAAACUGUCAUGUUCACGGCUACGAUGCCUCCAGCUGUGGAGAGAUUAGCGAGGAGUUAUCUGAGACGUCCCGCUGUGGUGUACAUUGGUUCUGCUGGCAAACCACAUGAAAGAGUGGAACAGAAAGUUCUGCUCAUGUCAGAGGGAGAGAAACGGAAGAAGCUGCUGGAGGUGUUGGCUCAGGGCUUUGAGCCUCCCAUUAUCAUCUUUGUCAACCAGAAGAAGGGUUGUGACGUGCUGGCCAAGUCUCUGGAGAAGAUGGGAUACAAUGCUUGUACGUUGCAUGGUGGCAAAGGACAGGAGCAGAGAGAGUUUGCACUUUCCAAUCUUAAAGCAGGAGCCAAAGAUAUUCUGGUGGCCACAGACGUUGCAGGUCGUGGUAUCGACAUCCAGGAUGUUUCCAUGGUCAUUAACUAUGACAUGGCAAAGAACAUUGAAGACUACAUCCAUCGUAUCGGCCGUACAGGUCGUGCUGGUAAGAGUGGUGUGGCCAUGACAUUCCUCACUAAAGAGGACUCUGCCGUGUUCUACGACUUGAAGCAGGCCAUCCUCGAGAGUCCAGUUUCCACCUGCCCUCCAGAGCUAGCAAACCACCCAGACGCUCAGCACAAACCAGGAACCAUUCUCACAAAGAAGAGACGCGAGGAGACCAUCUUUGCUUGAUUUGCUCAGGACUUUAGAGACAGAACUAAAGUUUUUCAAGUUUUCCACUACAUUUACAUACCGUAAUUAGAAGAUAUGUAAGUGUGGACUGUGCUGUACAUGGUCUUUUUUUUUUUUUUUUUUUUUUAAAUGCACACAUCAUCCAGGCUUUGAAAAACUAUUCAGAUCUUCAUUCAGCGUGAUUAAUAUCUGAUCUUUACAGUUUCUAUCAAAUAUGUCUUAUGUGACGCUCUUCUGUAUUUCUUAAAUGUUUGAAGUACAAGCCAAUAGUUUGAGACUCUCAAAAGUAUUUUUCGGUCCCUGACAGUGAAUGUGUAAAUGCUUCUUUUGAAUUCCUGAACAUGCGCAUUGUGGUGUUACAGAUACAAGUGGUGGGGUUGAGGUUUUUUUUAGGGCAAGUUCUUAAUUUAAAUAAUUUUUCAUGCCAGUGCAAUCAAGAUCAUAUUAGUACUGACUUUUACAUGAAUGUUCAAGAGUAUACACGACAUGCGACAUGACAACCACAUUCACUCUGCCUGUAAAGUAAAAAGAGAAGCUGUGUGGCCUCACAUGGAUUUGAUUAAAAAUAAAUUUGGCUGUGAUAAAAUACUGCUUUCAUGCAUAAUUUGCCAACAGUGACUUCAGUUGUAGAUACAUCGUCAAGGUAGAACAGUAAAGGUUAUGUUGUAUAACAAUACAUAAAAUUUAUUGUGCAAUCUCAUGUCAUAACAGGCAUGAUAAUUUGUAUUAAGAACAGGCCCUCCUGAAAACUCCUCUUCAACCAUGUCCUUUCAGAAAAAGGAAACAUGAUAGUGGUUGAAAAGCUGAAGUAGUUUCUUUAAAUCAGGAAAAAGCUUUGCGCAAAAUUCUAUCCACUGUCUGGACGAGCACCAUCAUAAACUGUAACGCUGUCGAAUCAAGAACGCACAUUCUGAACCAAUGUUGUGUAAUCACAGUAUU